AUGAUCAAUUGGGCCUGUCUGCCAGACUGGCUCAGGUCGAUUGUUCCAUGCCACGAAGAUGAAAACGAACGAGCUAUUCGCAAGCGCAAUGAAGAAAUCGACAAGGCUUUGCGAAAGGAAAAAAGUCGACUGAGAAAACAAGUCCGGAUUCUACUGCUUGGAACGGGCGAAAGUGGAAAGAGUACGUUUUUGAAACAGAUGAGAAUCGUCCAUGCGGAUGGAUUUACAACGCUAGAGAGGAGCAUGAAAGUUCUGAUCGACGCACUUGAGUCGUUUGCCAUCACUCUUGAGAAGGAAUCCAAUGCGAACUAUAAAGCAAAGAUUCAAGAUUGGGACAAAAGCAAGGAGCUCAAUCCUGCCACAUUUUCCAAUUACAGCUCUGGCCUACUUGAAUUAUGGGCGGACAAGGCGAUCCAGGAGGUGUUCUCGAUGAGGUCACAGUUUCAGCUCGGCGAGUCAAUUAGAUAUUACAUGGCCGAGGAGAAUAUUGAGCGAAUAAUGCAGCAUGAUUAUCAUCCGAACUCGUCUGACAUCUUAUGGGCGCGUAGACGAACCGAUGUCGUCUCCGAAACCGAAGUGACCAUCAAAAAAGUGCCAUUUGCUUUCAUCGACGUCGGAGGCCAAAGGACGCAGCGACAAAAGUGGUUUCAGUGUUUUCAAAACUCGAUCAACACUGUUCUUUUUUUCGUAGCCGUAUCUGAAUUUGAUCAGACACUCGUUGAAGAUAAAAAUACAAAUAGAGUGAUAGAAUCUCUCAAAGUCUUCAAAUAUAUUCUCGAGCAAAAAGCCUUCCGAGAUCGAGACAUCAUUAUUUUCUUCAACAAAUGCGACUUGCUCGAAGAAAAAAUCAAGGAGGGAAUCAAAGUGACGGACUACUUCGCGACGCCCUUCAAAGGCGAUCCCCUCAAUGUCAAAGAUGUUCAGAAUUUCUUCCGCGACUUGUUCUAUGCCACCGCUCAGUGCAGAUUAGAAACACCCGACGAGCAAGGAAACUUUCGCGAUGAUCUGGGUCUUUACCAUCAUUUUACAGUUGCAAUCGACACCGAGAAUAUAAAGAAGGUUUUCGAAGCCGUCAAAGAUAUGGAGCAAGGGUUUACAAUCUCUACAAUUUUUUAUCCUUACACAGGAAUAUUUUUUAUCAGAUCUUGUGUCAAAAUAAAUGAACCCUUAUCAGUUCUCAAAGAAAACAUGGCCCAGCUAAUGCUCGAAUAA